AUGGCGGUUUCUCUCAGAGUUAUAAUUGUUUCUUCAUUGCUGAGUGUUCUGCUCUUUGUCAACGUAAUUGCCGUGAGAGAAAGUUUUGGAGAAUCUCAACAGUUGAAGAGCUUAAAGAACUCAACAGUGGCGGAAAGGUUGACUAAAGAAGUUGAAUUUAAGCACGAUCAUGCAGUGAAUGAUCCGGAAGCAGUAGCUUACAUGGUUGAUAUUGCGAAUCCAAAAUCGGUGUUUAAUUCUGAAGGUUCUGAUAGCAAAUUGGUGAGAGGAAAACGAAAUACACUCUCCAACAAUCCUGACGGUCCAACUAAUGUCUUGGUUCAAUCCCGUUCUGAACAUAUUAAUCACGAAGAUGAUCACAAAUAUCCUUUACAAAGGACAAAUUCAACAUCAAGAAUCUCUUUCGAAGGUAUAUGUGGUACCGAGAAGCGAAAGGUUAGCGAUUCUUCUAGAUUCUGUAAAGAAGAUGGCGGUAUCUUCAUCGAAACAAAAUUCGACUUGUCUCCUGAACAUUAUGUGAAGCUAACUCAAGAGCAUGCACUUCUGAACUUACCAAUUGAUGAAAAGAUCGAGGCUGUGAUUGCGGAAGAAGGCGCACUCCAUCCUCCUAUCCACUUUCUGAGAACUGGUAGUGCAGGAGCCUAA